CGAAUCUGAAAAAUGUGGCCUCUCCUUGGUUCAAUAGUCCAAUUUAUUUAUAAGAUAAGCUUUGGUGUAUAGUUGCAUUUUGUCGGCGUCUUUUGCUGUUUAAUUUGCUCCAAUAAACAAUUUUACAAAUUGAAAAAUGGAAAAACCUACCAAACCAUCAAUGGACGGGAGCGAUAGCAGCGAGGAGGAGUACUUCGUUGUUGAAAAGAUCAUCGAUCGCAGGAUAAAGAAUGGCAAAGUGGAGUACUUCGUGAAGUGGAAGGACUACAGCGAGGAGGAGAACACAUGGGAGUCGGACUACAACCUGGAGUGUCCCGUUUUGAUCGAGAAGUUCGAAAAAAACAGGAGGGCUAACCCUUACAAGGAAAAGACAGAUAGUAGCGGCAAAGAUUAUGAUGAGAAACGGUCCAGUAACGGCUCUAACGAUUCACACAAAGAAGAUGAAAAACAGGCUCAAAGAGACGACUCCGAAAAAAAAGUUGGCUGACGUUGAAGCUCAGAUAUAGUUUACUACAAAUUUAUAAUUACCUAGUGUUAAUAAUUUUGUGUUUAUUUUACCAUUUGCUAUAGUUAACUAUUGAAAUGUUAUUUUUAAUACAUAGUUCUAGUAACUAAGAGCAAAUCAAAUAUGUAAGUUUUGUUCACUUAUUGCACUCGACACCAUUUAUUAUUAUCUAUGUCUCUCUCCAUUACUGAAAAGCGUAAUAGAUUUAUGAUCAAUUAUUAUCAAUUGAACUAGUUCAUAAGGCUCAAAGUGUGGUACAACCCAUUUUCAUGUAAUUUACCAUUUGUGCUUCUGAUUAGAAGGCUGUGCAAACUUUUACAGCAUUUUUUGUUGCUGCUAGCUGCUAGUGUUUAGGGAAUAUAUUCUCUGAAAAAAAUAGGCAUCUUUAAGGCCCCGGAAAGUCGGUAACCCACAGGAGAAUCUGUGUUAUUUUUCUGUGAGUAACCGAUUGAGAAGUGCUUUAAUCAACCAGCAACCACUGGGCUUCGAUUAUAAACUGGCCGUGCAGCAAACUUCCAGCUGGUCUUAACGUCUCUCGAAUUUGUAUUAUUUUUUUAUUUUAUUCUAUGAAAUAAUUAUAACAAUUUUUUUUUCAAAUAAAUUUUUUUUGUAUAUAAAUAUAUCAUGUACCUAUUUUAUAUCAACGGUUUUCAUGAGUUGGUUUCCAAUUUGCAGAAUCAGGGUGAGCUAUUAUGCGCACAGUAGUCCAUGCAUAUCCCCAUAAUAAUGGAAACCGAAACAAAAAGUUCAUAAGAAACUCGUAGAUAGAUAUGAGUCCAUACUACAUCCUAAAAUUUUUUUCCAAUGGACAGGGUAGCCCAAUAAAUAGCGGUGAUCCUAAAUUAGUUUUUUUUUUAAAUGAUUCUCCCUGUAUAUUUUCACAUUUUCGAAUUUAUAAUGUAAUUUCAAGUUACUUUUUGGGCUUUUUGAGUAUUUUUUUUUUCAUUUGAUGAAGCAACUGUUAAUUUAUAUGUAUUUAUUUUUUUUAGUCUCUUUAACCCUUUGUUAGUGUGAUGGGGU